AUGAUAAAAAAAAAAAAAAGGAAAAAGGAACAAAAGUUUAUAUUUUUCAUCACGGCCGUGCAUAUCUUAAUUUCUAUCAUUUUCUUCUGAUUUGUUCGUAUACUUGCCAUUUUCAACACAUAAAUUCUACUUUUCUUGCUCUUCCGCAUUCGGACCUCGUUCUGCUUUUCCUUUCUCUGAAAUCAUCAAUCUCUCCGUUUACCUUCAGUCAGUUCAUCCCCCUUCCUCUCUCGCUCUAUAAGCAUUUAUGUAUGUUAUCUAAAAAUCCGACCAGUGCACGCACUUCCAAUCUAAUUUCAAUUUCAUUUAAUUGAUUCUUAGCUCUUUCUUUCACGGAUGCUAAAACCUGAGGCUGUCAGUAAUCUUUAGUCAACUUUAUUGGGUGCGCAUGGAAUCACCUGUUGGUGGUUCAAGACAUACGUCUGUUGUUGUUGUGACGUUGGAUUCUGGUGAGGUUUAUAUUAUUGCCAGUUUGUCAUUGAGGACUGACACUCAGGUGAUAUAUAUUGAUCCAACAACUGGAGCACUUUGCUACAGUGGAAAUCUGGGAGUUGAUGUCUUCAAAUCUGAAGAUGAAGCUUUAUAUUACAUCACAAAUGGAUCCCGAUGGCUAUGCAGGAGUACAACUUAUGCAAGGGCAAUUUUAGGUUAUGCUGCCCUAGGAAGCUUUGGGUUGCUUCUUGUAGCUACAAAGUUAACUGCCAGUAUUCCUAGUUUGCCUGGUGGAGGUUGUGUGUAUACUGUGACAGAGUCUCAAUGGAUCAAAAUAUCACUUCAGAAUCCUCAGCAGCAGGGUAAAGGAGAAAUAAAGAAUAUUCAAGAGUUAACUGAGCUUGACAUUGAUGGGAAACACUAUUUCUGUGAGACAAGAGACAUCACUCGACCUUUUCCAAGCCAAAUGCCCUUGCAAAAUCCUGAUGAUGAAUUUGUUUGGAAUGGAUGGUUUUCAACAGCUUUCAAAGACAUUGGACUUCCGCUGCACUGUGUCACUCUUCUGCAGGGCUUUGCAGAAUGUCGAAGUUUUGGAAGCUUGGGUCAGUUAGAAGGGCUUGUAGCUCUUAUAGCACGUCGUAGUAGGCUACAUCCUGGCACUCGGUACUUGGCUAGGGGGUUAAAUUCAUGUUUUAGCACAGGAAAUGAAGUGGAGUGUGAGCAACUUGUAUGGGUGCCCAAAAAGACUGGUCAGAGUGUUCCUUUUAACACAUACAUUUGGCGGAGGGGCACAAUUCCAAUCUGGUGGGGUGCAGAACUAAAGAUUACAGCUGCAGAAGCAGAAAUUUAUGUUUCAGAUCGAGAUCCUUAUAAAGGAAGCUCACAGUAUUAUCAGAGGUUGGGUAAACGAUAUGAUGCUCGAAGUUUUGAUGCAACUUUUGGGGAAGGAAAGAAAAAAGCCUUUGUUCCCAUUGUGUGCAUCAACCUGCUCAGGAAUGGAGAAGGAAAGUCAGAAUCUCUCCUAGUUCAGCAUUUUGAGGAAUCUCUAAAUUAUAUUAGAUCAAAUGGAAAACUUCCUUGUACUCGAUUACAUCUAAUAAAUUAUGACUGGCAUGCCAGUGUAAAACUAAAAGGUGAACAACAAACAAUUGAAGGACUGUGGAAACUUCUAAAAGCACCCACUGUUGCUAUAGACAUAUCUGAAGGGGACUAUUUACCUUCACGGCAACGACUUAAGGAUUGCAGAGGUGAAAUCAUCUGCAAUGAUGAUGUUGUUGGUGCCUUCUGCUUACGAACACAUCAAAAUGGAGUUAUACGAUUUAAUUGUGCAGAUUCUCUGGAUAGAACUAAUGCUGCUAGUUACUUUGGUGCCCUCCAAGUUUUUGUGGAACAAUGCAGGAGGUUGUCCAUAUCACUUGAUAGUGAUAUGGUAUAUGCUUAUCAGUCAGUUGAUAACUAUGGUGGAUAUAGUGGUCCUUUGCCACCAGGAUGGGAGAAACGAUCUGAUGCUGUAACUGGUAAGACAUACUACAUUGAUCAUAACACCAGGACCACAACAUGGAAUCAUCCUUGCCCAGAUAAACCUUGGAAGAGAUUUGAUAUGUCAUUUGAGGAGUUCAAGAGAUCAACAAUUUUAUCUCCUGUAUCUCAGCUAGCUGAUCUUUUUCUUCUUGCUGGUGAUAUUCAUGCAACACUAUAUACUGGUUCUAAAGCCAUGCAUAGCCAGAUUCUUAGCAUAUUCAACGAAGAAGCAGGAAAGUUUAAACAGUUUUCUGCAGCUCAGAAUAUGAAAAUUACUUUACAAAGAAGAUAUAAAAAUGCAGUUGUGGAUAGUUCUCGUCAGAAGCAACUGGAAAUCUUUCUUGGAAUAAGAUUAUUCAAGCAUCUUCCAUCAAUUCUAGCUAAACCUCUACAUGUACCUUCUCGACCAUGUGGUUUCUUUCUUAAGUCAGUUACCAACAUGUUUCCAAGUGGGUCUAGUCCUUUGAGCUUCAAGAAAAAAGAUCUUAUAUGGGUUUGCCCACAAGCUACAGAUGUGGUUGAACUUUUUAUCUAUCUUGGGGAGCCUUGCCAUGUCUGUCAAGUUCUUCUAACAAUAUCUCAUGGGGUAGAUGAUUCAACUUAUCCAUCAACAGUUGAUGUGAGGACAGGACGUUAUCUAGAUGGGCUUAAACUUGUUGUAGAGGGUGCUUCAAUACCUCAGUGUGCAAAUGGGACAAACCUUUUGAUACCCUUGCCAGGACCAAUUAGUGCUGAGGAUAUGGCUAUCACAGGAGCUGGUGCACGUCUUCAUGCUCAAGAUACAGCCACCCUGCCAUUACUGUAUGAGUUUGAAGAACUAGAGGGAGAAUUAGACUUCCUUACUCGUGUAGUGGCAAUUACAUUUUAUCCUGCUGUCUGUGGAAGAAGUCCUAUGACUCUUGGUGAGAUAGAAGUCCUUGGAGUUUCUCUUCCAUGGAGUGGUGUAUUUAAUAAUGAAGGCUCUGGUGCUAGAAUAGCUGAAGCGGCCAAAAAGAGUCUUAAAGAAACUAAAGCUAAUCCAUUCUUAUCUGGUGCAGAGAGCAAUCCAUUUUCUAACACUUCUUUAACUAAUGAAACUGUGAUGCCAUCAAUGCAAAAUAGUUCUUCUGCAAAUUGGCUUGAUCUUUUGACUGGAGAGGAUAAGAUUUCAGAACCUGUUUCAGAACCCUUUUCUCAUCCACUAGCACAAAAUAAUGUCCAAGAGGGAAGUGACUCGCUGGAUUUCUUGGACCAAGCUGUCAUUGAAUAUCAUGGUGCUGAAAGAGAUAAUAAGUUUUCUUCAUCACAUGAUGCAAAUAAUGUACAGAAGUACAUUAAUUGUCUGAAGACCCUUGCAGGCCCACAAAUGACAAGAAAGUUUGACUUUAUAGAAGCUAUGAAACUUGAAAUUGAAAGGCUCCGUCUGAAUCUUUCUGCCGCUGAAAGGGAUAGAGCUUUGUUGUCCAUUGGUAUUGACCCUGCUACGAUAAAUCCAAAUGCUUUGAUUGAUGAAUUAUACAUGGGCAGAUUGUGCAGGGUUGCAAACACCCUUGCUUUACUUGGGCAAGCUUCACUUGAGGACAAACGUAAUGCUGCUAUUGGUCUGGGUAAUGUUGAUGAUAAUAUAAUAGAUUUUUGGAAUAUUACUGGAAUUGGGGGUAGCUGUUCUGGUAGCAUAUGUGAGGUGCAUGCUGAAGCAACGGCACCAGCAUAUACAUCCUCUGUCACGUCCCCUGUGGGAGCUUCACAAUCCAUCUUGAUAUGUUCUGAAUGUGGAAGAAAAGUUUGUGAAGUUUGUUGUGCUGGGAGAGGAGCUCUUUUGCUUAUGAACAGUAACUUGAGGGAGACUACAAAUUAUAAUGGUCUAGCGAGUCAGGGUGGGUCAAGCCAUGGCAGCCAAAUUGACAGUUCUACUAGUCGUACAGUGCCACUGGAUAGUGUUAUUUGUAAACAAUGCUGCCGCGACAUUGUCCUUGAUGCACUGAUAUUGGAUUAUUUGAGAGUCUUGAUUAGUCUACGAAGAAGGGAUCGUGCAGACAGUGCUGCUUACAAAGCUUUGGACCAUGUUAUAGGAUCUCCCUUAAGGGGUGGUGUCCAUGAAAAAAUCUCAUCUUCUGAUAGUCAACAAGCUGCUAAGGCCUUACAAAAAUUGCUUUCUGGGGGAGAAUCGCUUGCAGAAUUCCCAUUGGCUAGCUUUUUACACUCGGUCGAAACAGCAGCAGAUUCAGCUCCAUUCUUCUCGUUGCUUGCUCCACUGAAAUCUGGGUCAGGCCAGUCAUAUUGGAAAGCCCCUUCAACUACCAAUUCUGUCGAAUUUGUUAUUGUGCUUAGUACCCUUUCUGAUGUCAGUGGAGUUAUCCUUCUUGUCAGUCCUUGUGGAUAUUCUGCAGCUGAUGUUCCCAUUGUUCAAAUCUGGGCAAGCAAUAAAAUACAGAAGGAAGAAAGGUCGUGCAUGGGAAAAUGGGAUGUUCAAUCACUGGUUCCAUCUUCCUCAGAAAUUUAUGGACCGGAAAAGUCAGGUGGAGAUGAUAGAGUACCUAGGCAUGUGAAUUUUUCCUUUAAGAAUCCUGUUAGAUGCCGAAUCAUUUGGAUAACAUUACGUCUUCAACGACCUGGAUCAAAUUCUGUUAAUUUUGAGAGGGACUUCAAUCUUUUAUCCUUGGAGGAGAACCCUUUUGCACAAGUGAAUCGACGUGCUUCUUUUGGUGGAUCAGUUGAAAAUGACCUGUGUCUUCAUGCUAGAAGAAUUCUGGUAGUUGGAACUCCAGUGAAAAAAGAGAUGGGGCUUACAUCACAGGGCUCUGACCAGAUGAAUUUUAAUAGCUUGCUGGAGAGGACUCCUCAGUUGAAUAGAUUCAAGAUUCCAAUUGAGGCUGAGAGGCAAAUGGACAAUGAUCUUGCCUUGGAACAAUAUUUGCCUCCCGCUUCACCUAUACUUGCUGGAUUUCGCUUUGAGGCCUUCACUGCAAUAAAGCCUCGGGUUACCCAUUCUCCAUCCUCAGAUGUAGAUACGUGGGAUACGUCAGUCACAUUUUUGGAAGACAGACACAUCUCUCCUGCUGUGUUAUAUCUUCAAGUUUCUGCACUCCAGGAACCACACAGCAUGGUAAUUAUUGGUGAAUAUCGACUGCCAGAGGCUAAGUCCGGAACCUCGAUGUACUUUGACUUUCCCAGACAGAUUCAAACGCGCAGAGUGUCCUUCAAGCUUCUGGGUGAUGUUACUGCAUUCACAGAUGACCCAGCCGAACAGGAUGAUAAUAGCUUACGAGCUGUGCCUUUGGCAGCAGGGUUGUCUUUGUCAAAUAGGAUUAAGUUAUAUUACUACGCUGAUCCUUAUGAACUUGGAAAAUGGGCUAGUCUUUCUGCAAUUUGAUUGCCAUUCAUGCUUUGACAAAAAGGAUUUUGACUUUUGAGCAUUGAUUGUGAUUGCUUGUUGUUGCUAUUUUACAAUUGUUUUUACUGUAUAUUAGGAAAAAUGUAAGUUCUAUAAUUCAUUGGUGUUGAGAAAUCAGAAUAACGUCUCUUCUUUACAAGAGAAAUUUUGUAAAAGAAUAUGGCAAUUCUUUCCUUUGAGAUUUCUGAUUCA